AUGGAACUAUUAGUGUGCCUACUAGUGCUGGGGGUGGCGUGGGGGCGGCAGCAGGCCAUCAGCUACCAGAACUUCAGGGCCAGCCACGGGCAGGGGCACCCCACCUACGGGGCCGACGGCAGCUGGAGCCAGCGCUUCGGGGGCGGGCCCCGCGUGGGCAAGGAGGGUCUCUGGCCUGGCGCCUUCUCGGCCCCUCAGCGCUUCGCCACCUUCCCUUCCUCUCAGACCUUCGUUCACCAGCCUCAGCCCUUCUUCAACUCGAGGCCGCAGACCCAUAUCCAUACUAGUGGCCAUCCGCCUCCACCGCCGCCGCCGCAGAUCAACAGCUUCCAAUCGUCCCAAAUUAGUUAUGAUCCACCAAUACCAGGUAACCAAAAUAUAAUAAAUAGUGCUCCCCAUAUCUACCAGACCCCCACAGUUUCCAGUUUUGGACCAGAUUUAACUCAUACUAGCCUCCCACCUCAGAGUUACGGAAACGAUAGGCUUCCUCAGUUUGCCGACGCAGUUCAAAAUUAUAACGAUGGCAUUGCUACUGUACCCCCCGUACCUGCUCACAUUGAGCCACAAAGCUAUCACCCUAAUAAUAAUGCCCCUAUCGAAAAUUAUGAUACGCGAGGAAACGAAGAAUAUCCGAGAAACGAUGGCUCUCCUACUCCUGUAUACAAUGAAUUCACUGAAGGGCCUAGAAUCGAGAAUAGUCCACCUAGUUAUAGCCCUGAGCAGCCCAAGUCCGACUAUCCACCACAAAGUAAUGAAAAUUCAUACAGUAAUGAGGGUACAUAUAAUAAUAAUUAUGAGGAACCGAAGAGGGAUUUCGGGGGACCUACAAAUAUAGAACCGAAUCUGCAGAACCCAGUGCCAUACAAUGCACCAGUCACCGAUGUCAGGAAUAAUAAUGACGCGUUGAUUACUGACGUGAGAACUCAUAAUGAGCCUAUUUCUGAUUUGAGGAAUACUGAUCGACCUUCUUCCGAAGUGGUGAAUAACAGAGACCGCCCUGCUGCUGACUUGAGAGGCCAUAGUGAACGACCCUUGGAUUCUAGAAUUCAUAGCGAUAGACCAUCGUCGGACUUAAGAAGCCAUGACAACAGACCUCUCAAUGAUUUGAGAAACGGUAAUGACAGGCCUAGACCUCACGGGGAGGGCCCAAUUACAGAUCUGAGGAAUAAUGAACGUCCUAUUUCCGAAUUGAAAAAUACCAACGAUAGGCCGCCUAAUGACUUCAGGCAGAAUAGCGACAGGCCCUCUAACGACUUCAGGCAGAAUAGCGACAGGCCGUCUAACGACUUCAGACAAAACAACGACAGGCCGCCUAACGAUUUUAGACAAAAUAACGACAGACCCUUGACUGAUUUGAGAUACGACACCAGACCUCACUUUGGACCACCAGCUAAAACUAAUUUCGGUCCUGGAGGCAUAAAUCAGAACGCACCUCCACAAGGUAUACGAAACAAACAGUUCAAACCGAUCCAACCGAGCAGCUCUCCACUGGAUAGGCCUCACGGAUUGGACACCAACAAUCGUGCUGGAGUAGGACCGGGACCUACUGGAGUGAAUCAAGGCCCUCCGGGUUCGAAACCAUUUAGGGAUGAGAAAAAGCCUAUCUCAGGUCCAGCUUUAGGACAGAAGGGUGGAUUCAAUAACGACGGAAGCAAGCAAGAGUUUAGUGAAGAAGAUAAAAGCCAGAGCUUCGAAUCCGAGUUUCAGAGCUCAGAGAUAGGUGGACAAAGUUUCGAAGCAGACAUUCCAGACUUCGGUUCCGAUGAGUCUUACUUCAAUUCCCAGGAAGGAUACGGAAGUUUUGAAUCAGGCGGUAGAGGCAGCUUCGAAACUUCAGGUGAAAGAAAAGGAGGAUAUGAACGACCACCUUUCAAUCCUAACGAUAACAAAAGAACAUACAAAGCUGACAUCAGGCCGGAUUUUCAAUCUUCAAUAGAGGCAGCACCCGCAGACGCAGCAGAGCCAAGAAACAACAAGAAAUUCAAAAGUGAUGCACCAGAAGCUAGACACAGGGUUGGCGAAGAGAAGAAGAUAAACGUGGAAGAUAAGAAAGGUCCAUUCCCGACGCAGGGCGAUAAGAAGGGGACUCUCGGAGGGGCAGAGAAGGCCUUUCCUUUGGCUCGGACCGCCUCCACCCUGGCCCCGGCCAAGGACACCCUCCCAUUGGCCAACACCUUCAACAAGAAGCCCCCGGUAGCACCCUUCAGGCCCUCCACCUACACUGGCGACAAGUUCGUGCCAUUCGUUCCCAUCGAUAAGCCGUUCCCUCACCGGGGUCGCGGGCCGUAUGCUGGUGAAUCUAGAUUCAACUAUCAGAUACAAACUCCGGAGAAAAGAGCGGCUUUCUCUCAAGAAAAAUUGUCUACUAGUUCUUCCUCUGUACAAAACGUUUCCAAAUAACGACUGAUAAUUAAUUGAUAAUAUAUUUAAUACUUGUAAAUAAUAUUAUGUUCUGAAAUGUAAUGAAUAUAACCGUUUAUAUUUAUAACUGGUUUCAAACUAUUGUUACUUAUUUAUAAGUUUUUAACUGAUUGUUAUAAAAUGUUAAAAAUAGGUUAAUCUUUUUUAUUUGUUAUUUAUAUUAAACAAGAUGAUAUUUAUGAACACGUAAAAUAAUAGUAUUUUGCUAUGUGAAAAUUCGUUAACUAUUGUCAAGUAUACUAAGCUGCUUUUGAAUAUCAGAAUUGUGAUCUGUAAUUUAUUUGUAAUUAUUUUAUGUAAAUACUGAUAAUAUCCAAAACUGAAAAAGGAGAGCUAAGAGGCAAGUCGAAGAAAACUUAAGUGGUCUGUGAUAUGUUUGUUUGUUUUUUGAUACGUUUUUUGGCACAGUUUAAAAUAACUACAAUUAAUUCCAAUAAUUCAAAUCUAUGGUUGAUAGGGUCUGUAAUCUCUGUCAAUCAACCUGUCACCCCUUUACUAUCUAAUAUAAAUUAAAUAUCGAUGACAUGACUUAUUAAC